CUUUCUUCCCCCGCCCCUUUCCCCACAGUAUCAAACCUUCCCUCAACUUUUUCUUUCUCUUUGUCCUCAACACCCUUUCUUCUCACUUUCUCAUCCAUUUGCUUUCCCCUUAACCAUUCCCUGCCAACGCGUCCUCACCCGAGAUUGGGUACAAACAAUUCAGCCAUGCCGCUAACAGCAGAAAGUGACAUUGAGGUGUCUUAUCACUCUGAAAAUGGGGUCGAGACCCCAGAUGAAGCGUCUACUCAGCUUUUGGCUGCACUCAACCCAGCCUCCGGUGGUCGGGUUAAACGGAAGUUCGCCAUUGAUCCUCCUACGCUCGAAUCUCUCGGGUUCAGCCGUGAUGACUAUCAGAGUUUCCCUGAAGAAAUGCUCAUUAAGAAGAUCAAAAAAGAAGUGGAAAUUAAGGGUGUGAUCCACUGCAAGGCAAUAUUUGCUGAUGGCAGCGGUGUUAUGAUGCCCUACACUCAGCUGGCCCGCUACGAUAAUUGGGGAGAAGCUUAUGCGGAUUUUGUUAACCAGGACGGUACCUUGCUGGGUGCAACGAGUUCUGAGGAGACGGGUUCUGGGCGGGAUACUUCCGCAUCAAGUCUUCAGGGUCGUCAGGGCUCGGGAAAAACUACUACCCCCAGGAAUGUUGGUAGCUCCUCGCGCUCUGGACAACGUGUUGAACUGAAUUCCCUUGAUCAAGUCUCCCAAGGUGAUAACAAUUCACCAGCACCCGUUGCCGAGGGUCGCCAACUUAGGAAGCGGAAUUUGUCACUCCUUGUGAAGCAACGAAAAUCCAUGCGGGAAGCUGAAGGAAUAGAGUCCUCGGAAGAUGAGGAUGCUAAUAAGGCUAUCGGGUCUCGAAACCCGGCCAAAGGCGGUGGUCGGCGUACUAGGUCAACCGGAAUUUCAAAAGUCCGGAUGCUUCCUUACGGCUAUGAUGACGAUGACGAGCUCAUUGUUUCUGAUCUAAAGCCCCCGCCCGGUAGGCGUCGCCGAGGCCUUGUAUCAUUGAACCGCAGAAACGUAACGGAGGCGGGAUACGGGAGUUCCGACUAUGACAACGGCAAUCCUCCUGAGAGACGUUCCGGGCGGACAACAGGACGCAAGAAUAUGUACCGAGAACCAGACCCAAAUGCCGACGACGACUUCAUGGAUAUCGACACCGUUGCUAAGCCUAAAAAGCCCCAAGUUGUACGCGCUAAAGAGGUUUUCCCGUAUCUAGACAAACACGGAGAUUUUGCCAGAUUUCACGACCGUACAUGCGACACCUGCCUCAACCACGGCACCUCUAAAUCAAGAGGCAUCCUGGUAUAUUGCCAGGGCUGCUCUUACACUUAUCACCAACUUUGUCUGGGACAUCGCGCGAAUCGCGAGCAUCUUAUUACCAGGGUGGCCGGUGAAAACCAUGUUUUGCAGUGUAAACGCUGCAUAGGAAGGGCUCGACUUAAGAGAUCUACUGCGCCGUGCCUGGAUAAGUGUACAGCAUGUCAUAUCACAGGGAAAUCUUGCCCACCCCUUUUCGGAUCUAGGGAACAGGUCUGGCAGAAAAAAGAGGCAUCAGCAAAUGCUAGUGCUGAAACUUCGACGGUGAGGGUCGAUCCAGAGCGCCUCUAUAAUCCUGAGAAUAUCACCGCCAAUCACCACGAGGGUGCCGGAGAGCGUGGCAUUUUAACCAUCUACCUGCUACCUCUGAGAUGGAGAUGCGACCUAUGUCAGGAAUAUAGAGAGAAGGCCAAUAUUAUCCUCGCAUGGCGUCCCUCUGACAAGCAGGCCAGGCAGAUGAAACCAGAGCUAAUCGACUAUACGGACUUCGCUGAAGACGAGCGCGAGUACCUAGUCAAGUUUGCUAAACAGUCUUACUUUCAUUGCAUUUGGUUACCUGGGGCAUGGGUUUCUGGGGCCUUCCCCUUGCUUCAUACAGGGUUCAUGAAGAGAGGUCCAAAACUUUGUAUGACGACUGAAGAGGCUGUUCCUGAGGAGUGGCUUCGGAUAGAAAUCUGCUUGGAUGUUGAAUAUGACUCUUAUGUCCCAGUGGGUAAUGACGCAGAACUCGACCUGUCGCGGAUAACCGACGUAACUAAAGCUUAUGUCAAAUUCAGAGGCUUGGGAUACGAAGAGGCGGUCUGGGAGCAACCUCCCAAUGAGAGUGAAGAGGAGAGAUGGGAGGAAUGGAAACAGGCCUACGGAGAUUAUAUCCAUGGGUUUUACGUUCGCAGCACAAGAGGGAUUCUCGAUCGGAUAAAGAAGGCUCGCUCUCUCAAUUUUGAUCAGAAGCUUGUAAAAAAGAUGCAGCCCGAAUACAUAAAAGGCGGGACUUUGAUGGAUUACCAAAUGGAGGGACUAAAUUGGCUAUACUAUAAGUGGUGGAAAGGCCAGAAUGCGGUUCUCGCAGAUGAGAUGGGUCUUGGGAAAACCAUUCAAGUCAUAUCAUUUCUAUCGGUGUUGCUUGAGGACCAUAACGUGUGGCCCUUCUUGAUCGUCGUUCCUAACUCAACUGUACCGAACUGGAAACGAGAAAUCCAGCGUUGGCUCCCCAAUAUGCGGGUUGUAGCAUACCCCAGCGUCGACAUAGCCCGGAAGCUUUCAAAAAAAUAUGAAAUGUUUCAUCCUGGCACCACGGAUCUCAAGUGUCAUGUUGUUGUUACAUCUUACAACUCGCCUGUUUCAGACGCAAAGACCCUUAGGCCAAUCCGUUGGCAAGCGCUAAUUGUUGAUGAAGGGCAGAGAUUAAAGAAUGACCGGAGCCAGUUUUACACCGAGAUGGCCAAAUAUCAUACUGGUUUCAAGCUCUUGAUGACUGGCACACCAUUGCAGAACAAUCCGAGGGAACUUUUCAAUUUGCUGCAAUUCCUAGACCCGAAGGUACAGGCAGCCGAGAUGGAGGAGGAAUUCGGAGAACUUACCAAAGAGAAUGUGCCCACCCUUCAUGCUAUGAUUCGACCAUACUUUUUGAGAAGGACUAAAGGCAUGGUGCUGGACUUACCACCAAUGACCGAGAUCAUCUCCAUUCUAACCAAGGAUACUGCCCUCAUUAAAUCGAUUCUCGCCAAACAUGGAAAGGGGAAAUUGAAGCUUACUGAGAGGACAAAGCUUAACAACCUGCUUAUGCAGUUAAGAAAGUGUCUUUGUCAUCCUUUCCUCUAUAACGAGGAUAUUGAAGAGCAAGAUGUUGACCCGGAAACCGCACACAAAAACUUGGUUGACGCUGGGUCCAAGUUGGAGCUACUGAGCUUAUUGCUACCAAAGCUCAAAGAAAAGGGGCACAGAGUGCUCAUGUUUACCCAGUUUUUAGGGAUGUUGGAUAUUCUAGAGGACUUCCUUUUUGCACUAGAUCUGAAAUAUCAACGUCUCGAUGGCGGGGUGUCAACUCUUGAGAGACAGAAGAGGAUAGAUUCAUUCAAUGCCCCGGAUUCCAAAUAUUUCGCAUUCAUGCUUUCAACGAGAGCUGGAGGAGUCGGGAUCAACCUCGCAACGGCAGACACCGUCAUCAUCCUAGAUCCAGAUUUCAAUCCCCAUCAAGACAUCCAAGCCCUAUCCAGGGCCCACAGGAUCGGGCAAACGAAGAGAGUGCAGGUCUUUCAUCUCGUAACUAGAGAUACAGCAGAGGAAAAGAUCAUUCAAAUUGGUAAAAAGAAGCUAAGCCUCGACCAUUUGAUCAUAGAAAAGAUGGAUGCUACAGAAGAAGAGGAAGUUGAUGUCGAGAGUAUCUUGAAAUUUGGAGCUAGGGCGCUGUUCGAAGAUGAGGGAGAAGCAUCUGAGGCGAGAAGAAUCCGGUACGAUGAUGAUAGUGUGGAUAAGCUUCUCGAAAGAGUUGCUACAGAGGAGCCAACAGUCGCUGAGAAAGAUGGUGCAAACACUGGAGAAACUGCCUUCAGUUUUGCCCGAGUCUGGGCUAAUGACACAUCGGUACUAGAGGAAGGCUUCGGUCAAGAGCAAGAGGAGGAGGCCCCUCUCGGAUUCUGGGACAAAGUUUUGAAGGAGCGGGAAGAGGAGGCCCGGCUUGAAGCAGCUUCCAAAGCCGAAGAACUUGGGAGGGGAAGGAGAAACAAGAAAGUUGAUUACAGGAUGGGACUCGAUUUUUCUUCCAAACGAGGUCCUGGGGCGACGAGUGACACGGAUUUCCACGAUUCAUCAGGCCCUGAAUCGGACUCGGAGGGGGAACGCGCAGGGAGCGAGCUUUCCGAUAAGCUGAUAAAUGCUAACCAUACUCAGAACUUGGGCCCCCAGACCACACCAAUUAUCCCCCAAACUCCAAUGGAAUUUGCUCUCCCAGGCUCUAAUCACUUGGCGAUACCACAUCUCAACGGUAAAUGCCUGGCUUGUGGCAACCCCCACUCACCAGGCCAGUGCCCACUGAGAGAUAUCCCUGUGCAGCAUUGCCAACUCUGCUCGACUGCGCACCUCCCUGGUAUAAACACCUGCCCGCAUCUUAGCAGCGAGACCCAGGUCAAUGAGAUGCUCAUGGCGGUUAAUCUGAGCCCAGAAAUUCCGGCACUAACUGCAGACGCGAAGCAGCUCCUAAGGGAGCGCAAAGGAGAAAUAAAAUUGAAGAAGAAGGAAGUAGCCAGAAGGAGACAAGCCUCCAUGAAUAACGCACCAUCAGCAAAUGGGUAUUAAAAUGUUUUACUUUCCGCACUCCGCCGACCUGGUCCCGUUCACAACCCCUCGACCGCAUCCCUCAACUCCGCCCCCUUUUUUUUCUUCUGACUUUCCCUUUUGAUCUAUUUCCUUUCUAUUCCUUCGCAACACUAUCUCUUAGCUGGCUUACCCAGAUUUAAUACCGUAGCCUUUCCCUCACACUCGCUUAUCUUUUUUUUUUCUCUUUUCCCCUUUACUCCUACCGUUCUAUGGCAUUCUUCCGGUGGCUAGCAUAGAGGAUGUGAGGUUACCGGCGUUGAGUUACAGUGAAAUGUGCAAAUGUGCAAAGGGGGAGGCACUCGUCGUGUUUUUCUAGUAGAUAGCUACUUUGAGCAACAAUUAGCAGGAGAGAAAAAUAAGUUAAGAGAUUUGAGAUUUGCCUAAUACAAGUUGUAUCAUUGGUGUUCGUUCACUCACAUGAUA